AUGUUCUUCCUGAAUAUUAUCCAAUUGAAGUACUUAUCUGACGGAAGAAAGAUAGAUGAGAAUGGUUCAACUAAUGUCGAAGGAGGGAUGGAAAUUAAAAUUAUAAAUGAUGAAAGAGAAUCAAUGAUUUUUAAAGAGGAAGGCAUUGGAUUGUGUGAUGUUACGGAUUAUAUUAUAAAGGAAGCAAGUCCCAAUAUCCACAAAUUAGAAGGAGGCUUUGAAACAGACGAAGGUCUUUAUCGAAAAGAAGUUAAAGUAAAAGACGAAGAGAGUAAUGAGAUUAUCGAAGUACCUUUAUUAGGAACCCAAGCCACUCUUAAUUUGGCUAAAAAGGAUAAAUAUUUAGUGGUGUUUGAUAUAGGAGGCAAAUGGCAAAGCAACAAGCAUUUUGCUCUUCUGGCAGAAGAUACAGAAAAAAAAAUUCAUUGA